CACAAUUUCUCAAACUCUCAGAGAACGAAGAGGGGAAUAAAAUAUCGACACAGCGAACAAUAAUUUCGCCGUAAACAGUGUGGUGAUAUCGAGAAAUUAUCGUAUAACCUAGAUACAUAAUUUUAUCGAAGGCAUCAUCACCUUGCCGUUUCCAGUUUUCACCUGUAAAUCUACUGCGCGAGAAUUCACAGAAGAGAGUUUCAGGUGAAUAAUUUUCAGAUGCCUUUGUCCAUAUGGACAGACCACUGAGGGCCCGAAGAUGCAGGAAAGGGAAAGGAGAUACAUAGUCAGUUGGACAACUGAAUGCAUUCAACCGAGAGAUGCUGAUUUAGCUGCUGCUCUUCCUCUUCUGCCAGACUCAAGCAUUACUUUUGAGAAGAGGAGCAUUGUGGGACAAGGCAUUAUUUUCUCCUAAACUCUCCAAGGCUGUUUGUUUAGAAGACACUGGGUCAGACAUGAACGGUAAGGGCUGUCAUCUCCUGGUCUCCCCCUCUGGUGUGCCCCCUUCGCUGGGCAUGAUCACAGGACAGCAGGCCCCCUCCAUCAGGAUACCUAUACGCACCACCCUCUCCCCGGGAUGCUGUGCCACCCUGAGCCCCUCUCCGGUGGGUAGCAGGGGCAGAGGAGGGGGUGUCCAACACUCCCAAGUACCCCUUAGCUCCAGGACAAACUCUGGGAAUUCUGGGAGUUCUGUCCUGCUUCCUGCCCUGAGCCUCCACAAGCAGGUGUUGACCAAUGGGAAACAGCCAAAUGUUUUAGGUGUCUCACAGAUGUCAUGGCAACAAAUGCCCACCCUUCAACUCCCACCCACCAGCCUUGCAGCCACCAAUCAGGGCAUGGCGUCCGACUGCUCUGACAGUGGUGUCAAAGGUUACUCUGUCUCAGGACCAAGUAUGCAGGUGUUGGGCCAGCAGGCUGGUGCUAACCUCUGGGUCACCAGUAGUCCCAUGGUGGUCCAGAGCCUGGGCCCAGUGUCUCCUGUCACGGGCCAGGCCUACACCUCUGAGCCUCUGGUACCACAUCCCCAACCCCCACAAGGCCUGGUGGUACCGUACACAGAUGCCAGGUCCUUGCUCUCCAGAGAGUCCCUGGCAUCCACCACCCUGAGCCUAGCAGAGACCCAGUCAGUUCUGAGUGGCAGACAGGAGUGGCCCUAUGGCUACCGGGUCCUUCCUCCACUCUGCCCACAACAGGGUUCCACCCAGGCCAGCGAUGGGGGUGAGCUGCUCAGCCUGCCCCCUGGCACUGCCAUGUCCGGGGGCACCAGCAUCUCCAACUCUGCCUCCCUGCCCUCCUACCUGUUUGGGGGAGAUGCCAACAGCCCCCGGCAGUACUCAGCCCGCUCCAAAAAGAGGGCCCUCUCCAUGUCACCUCUGUCAGACGGCUAUGGCAUCGACUUCAACGCCAUCAUUCGUACCUCGCCCACCUCGCUGGUGGCUUACAUCAAUGGCUCCCGGAGCUCUCCAGCCUCCCACCACACCCUUUCACCCCUCCAGCCUGAGGUCUAUGGCCACUUCCUGGGGGUAAGAGGGAGCUGUAUCCCCUAUCCUCAGCCUCCAGGCCUCCGCAGCCUCCCAGGCUCCACGCUGGCUCUGACCCCACUGAGUGACCCCCACCAUGGGAUGGAUUGUGGCCGCAUGCAGAGGCUGGAGCAGGGCGGGGCGCUGGAGAGCCAGAUGGCUAACAUGGUGGUGGAGCAGCAGUGUCUCCCAGAGGCGGGAGGGACACCACAGAGGGCUGCCAGGAACACUAAUGACCUGGUACCAUCUCUACACUUUCAGCUAGAGUUGGCCACCAUCAUCAGAUCAGAUAGUCCACCGCAGGGCCCCCCGCCUCCCUACCACUCUCACCAGCACCGCCACCUCCAAAGACCUCCUAGCCACAUCCAGGGUCAGGCCCAGUCCCAGGGCCCUGUCGCUCAGGCCCCCCCAGCUCCCCCUGGGCAUGGGGCCAGCCUCGUGCCCCAUCCCCUGUCCCUGUUCCCCAUGCUGGAGGAAGAGGAGGGGGAGCUGGAGGACUACAGUAGGGGGCACUGCUGCCGCUGGGUGGACUGCAGUGCUGUGUAUGACCAAAAGGAGGAGCUGGUUAGGCACAUAGAGAAGCGCCAUGUGGACCAGCGUAAGGGCGAAGACUUCACCUGCUUCUGGGCGGGGUGUCCACGCAGGUUCAAGCCCUUCAAUGCCCGCUACAAACUCCUCAUCCACAUGAGAGUCCACUCUGGAGAGAAGCCCAACAAGUGCACGUUUGAAGGCUGUCAGAAGGCUUUCUCUCGGCUGGAGAACAUGAAGAUCCACCUGCGCAGCCACACUGGAGAGAAGCCUUAUAUAUGCCAGCACCCCGGCUGCCACAAAGCCUUCAGCAACUCCAGCGACAGAGCCAAGCAUCAGCGCACACACCUGGACACGAAGCCGUACGCGUGUCAGAUCCCUGGUUGUGUAAAGCGCUACACUGACCCCAGCUCCCUGCGCAAACAUGUCAAAUCCCAUUCCUCCAAAGAGAGGCAGUUGAGGAAGAAGCUGAGGUCAUCUAUUGACAUGAGCCAAGAGGCAUUAACGGACUGUCUAACCAUCCAACCCCUGCAACCCAGCCUCUCUCCUCUGGACAUGAUUGACAGCAAGCUGGGCCAAUCACCAAUACCUUCCCUAGAUCUCUACACAGAUCUGCUGACCAGUGGGCAGUCUAGCCACUGUGUGUCUCUAUCCAUCCCUGUCCCUCCAGCUGUUCCACAGGACCAACCCUCCUCAAACGGCUCACACCUGGCUCUGCUGCGCCCCCAGCAGGACAGUUAUAGGUUUGUCGAUAGGUCCACCCACCACCUCAACCCUGGGUCCCACCAACACCAACUGCCUGGCCCCUCCAGUCCUCACACUCACCAUCCUACUGGCUUAUCCCUAAAGACCAGCACACCCCUGAAUCAUCCCAGUCACACUCCUGUAGUAAACACAGACCAACACCCAGGUUUUAGUGGUCAGAUCCAGAUGGUGUACUCUCCAUCAUACAAUAAUGGUACACAUAAAUCCACCAAGCAGACAAACUUCUGUCACCUGAUGGAAAUCCCAGAGUUUGAUGAAAGCCUUGCGCCAACAUUCACCACUCAGAACAGACUAGACAUCUCCCAACGAGCUCUGUCUGGGCUCACAGUAUAUGACCUGCAGGGUGCAUCACAGGAUCUGCUUGUUAACCCGGUGCCAGUGAUGUCAGAGGACGCUUAUUUACAUGUCAGUGCAGUGGACCGUUGCCCUAGCCAGCUCUCCUGUAUCUACACUGAGGGGUGAUGUCAGCAAAUCUACCUCCUUUCUAAGGCAGAUACUUUCUGGAAUGCAACUCCUACAACAACAUUGUUCUUCAGCUACAUGUUCCCUGACAUUGACCUGAGUGUGAUGCUCAUCUUGGGUGAGAACUGUAGACAAGAGGGGACAUUCAGUAGUUUUAAUUAAAUGGGCAAAAUGAACAUGUCCACAAUACUUAUUAACUGAUAUUAGUCAAUGAACAUUGUUUUCAAAAUGGCAAGUCAUGAUAAUUCUGAGAUCCUUAGAUGCUGUCUUCAUUCAUGUCAGUAUCAUCAGAUCUCAGAAUCUAAGCCCACAAUGAAAUAUGCCUCCUAAAGAUUGUAUACUGAAAAAGAAUCACAGUUCUGUGGAUGCCAAUGAUAUUGAGCUUUGGAUGAUUGUUUUAUGUUUACAUUAAUUGAAUGCAUUUGUACAGUUAUCGAAAUAUUGUCCCUCCUUUUAUGUAAUUAUUAAAUGUAAAUACCAUAAGAAGCACAUUGAAGGCACGUUGUUUUGUUUUUCAUGUUUGUUCUUCGUAGCAUAUGAAUUAAUUACGUGAAACAGAAUGUCCUUCGAUAAAUCAAAUAUAUUUUUGUGCAAAUAUGUUGAGGAAUCUAACUUGAAUUGUUGUUUUUCUGCUUGUCAGAAUUUAAAAACAUGACUGAGCAUAGAGAAAAUUGGAGGUUGUUGUAAGAAGGCAUGUCUAUCUACUAUUAUACAUAGUUGUGUAAGAAGAAAAGAAAGCUUGUAAUUUAUUACAUUUAGUUGCAUUGGUAGAUGAUGAAACCCUGAUAUUUAAUUUGGUCCUAAACAAUAGAAAGUAUCUAGUGUAAAUUGCAUGUAAUUAUUUAAUGACAAAGUAAUUUCUAUUACAGAAGUAACCCUAGUUUUUUUUUUC